AUGCAACGCCAAACUGUGGACAAUAAGUUGGUGGGUGUCAUCGAUCAGAGUGGUGACGCCAACCACUUUGGGCAACCGACCAUUUUCGAGCACGAGGGGGCCUACAAUCACGCGUUGGGAGUCUGCUUAUAUUCGUUGGUGGAGGAGCCUUCCGCGAAGCAUGGCUGGAGUUGCUCAGCCGCGGUUAUGGCCGUAGAGCUGCUCGGUGACUUCAUGCCAGACACUUAA